AUGGGGAACAUAAUGAAGUUGCAAGGGAGUCACAUUGCGUUUUGUGUUUUAGCACUGCUGCUCUUCUUUGUUGCGUUCUCCUUAAAUUACAGGGAAGGGCAGAAAUCAGACACACUUUCCGACCCAGAGCGGUACUAUGUGCCCUACCCGCGUGAAUACAAGUUCAUCCUGGACGACGCCCACGCGUGUGAUAAGGGGGCAGCGAGCCCUUUCCUGGUUCUGGUUGUGCCCGUCGCCCCCGGCAACAGGCUAGCCCGGGACAUCAUCCGGCAGACCUGGGGAAAGCAGUCUGUCGUUCAGGGUAAGCUGGUUCAGACCAUCUUCCUGCUGGGCCUCCCCACCGGAGCAGACGCCCAACAGCGGCAGGGCGAGCUCAGGGUGGAGAGCCGGCAGCACCGGGACCUGAUCCAGAGCGACUUCAACGACCAGUACCGCAACCUGACCAUCAAGACGAUGAUGAUGCUGCGGUGGCUGGAUUCACACUGCACCGGCGCCUCCUAUGCCAUGAAGAUCGACUCAGACGUGUUCCUCAACAUCCAGAAUCUAGUCCGGUUGUUGAUGGACCCAGAUACCCCAAGAGACAACUACAUGACGGGGCUGGUGUGGUGGCACAGUCCCGUUAUUAGAGACCCAUCCAAUAAGCUGCACAUGCCGAGAUGGAUCAUGGCCAAACCGGAGUACCCUCCCUACCCUCUAGGCAUGGGGUAUGUUCUUUCCCUUGAUCUGCCUGGGAAGCUGCUGCAGGCGUCGGCUCACAUCAGACCCAUCUACAUUGAAGACGUCUACUUGGGGAUGUGUCUGAAGCACCUUGGCAUCACGCCGACCAACCCACCGGACGAGUCCAUGUUUAUCAUCAACCCCCUGUUUGCAUUAGGUCGCUGCCGCCUUGCCACGGUCAUUGCCGUGACCACAACAAGCGUCUCACAGAUGCUCAGUUACUGGCUGAGGAGCCAAGAGUCACAGGCUGGCUGCUGACUACUACAAACUAGUCAGCAGCAAAUGGGUUGGCAAAAUGUUCUGUUUGAUCUUAUUUCCUUGUUUGAUUAUUUAAUUGUUUGUCUUUUUACUACGGUUUACUUUGUAAUACUUUGGAUGAUUUAAUUCUAAGGGACAACGGAUAAGGAAAACAAUAAGAAAAAUUGGAGUGGAUCAGAUAAAUGAAAUACUCUUGUGUCCGGUUGUGUUGGUGAUGCAUUGUGUGAAGUCAACAGUCUCCACACACAUUGUCCUAUAUUCUUAUUGAAAUCUUAAAGGAAAAGCAUUUCGAAAGGGUGAACCAAGCCUUGGUAGAUAAUGGCGGUCUCUUGUGCAUAUUUACAGUUUUUCUCGAUUGCAUACAAACAAAAAUGAAUUCUGAAAACUUGAAGCCUAUGUAUCAACUACAAGAGUCCAGACUUCUAAACUCUAAGCAAAAUUCCACUGUUUUCACAUUUUUGCUAAACUCUCAGCACAAAUCUCAUAAUUUAGCACACGUGGUUCACCUGGAUCACACUGGCCUUCAAAACACAACAACUAAUUACCAUUAAGUCUAACUCACUCCUCACCUGUUCAAACUCAAGUGGCAAAACACUUCAAUCAUGUGUCAGAGCAUAAAAGAGGACUCGGUGACCUGUGUUGUAGAUAUGGUCCUUUGGCCUGAUCAGGAUUGGCGGGGGGAUACAUACUGAUUUACAUCUAGAUCUGUUUCACCUCAUUUAUAAUCGUAUUCUAUUUUUUGUUGGCCUACGAAAAGCUUUUUAUGCAGUCAGUUCAGCUGAAUAUUCUACCGUAUUACAGUAAAAAAUAUAUGUAUUUGCUUUGUUAC